AUGGAUAAGUUUCGUAUGAUGUUCCAGUUCCUGCAAGCCAACCAGGAGUCGUUUAUGAACGGCAUCUGUGGAAUAAUGGCCUUGGCGAGCGCACAACUUUACGCCACUUUUGAGUUCACAUGCCCGUGUCUCCCGGAGUAUAAUUACGCGUACGGGGUCGGUAUGUUGGUAAUCCCUCCGAUUUGGUUCUUCAUGCUGGGUUAUGUACUGAAUAAUAACAUCUCGAUGCUAACUGAGGAGUGGAGGAGACCUGAAGGCCAGCGUCAGAAGGAACCGGCGGUACUGCGCUACAUGUUGGUCUCCAUGACCCAGCGCUCAUUGAUUGCGCCGGCGGUGUGGAUCGCGGUCACUCUCAUGGACGGUAAAAGCUUCUUAUGCGCGUUUAGUACCAGGUUCGAUCUGAGCUACUUCAUAAACCGGACCUAUGUGUCCGAAAUGCAGCUUUCCCCACAAGAUGUGGAAAAGAUUCUCGCUACAAUUCCCUGCAAGAACGUCUUUAACGGGGAGGCGUUGAUUUCCAGUAAUGCUUCGACCCGCUAUAUUCGUGUUAUUUCCCAGACCUGUGGAUGGACAUUUUUGAUGUCGACGACAAUAAUAGCCUUUCUGAUAAGAGGAAUCAGACCCUGCUUUACACAAGCGAUCUUUUUAAAGACCAAAUACUGGUCUCAUUACAUAGACACGGAGCGCAGGCUCUUCGACGACACCUGCAAGGACCACGCCAAGAGCUUCGCCAAAGCCUGCAUCCAGCAAUAUUUUGAGAGCAUCAGCGGUGAAAUGGUGCCUCACAGCCAUUACAAAGAGAAAGACGGAAAGGAGAAAGGUCCCGAGGAAGAAAAGCCGAAGAGUGAAGAAGAAAAGCUCAUGGGCAUCCGUGAAAAGGACGACAUGAAUAAAGUACUGUGGAACUGGCAUACCUGUAAACCUGCAUUAAGCAUUUACAAAAUGAAAGAUGAAAACUUGAAUUCUCCGACCACUAAUGGCUGCUUUAGACCAAAACCCAUGAAUAACUGUGCAGCUUAUUAUUCCAAAGUCUAA